GGAAGGAAAUACUCCGGCUGGUGUGACUGAGAACUGAGCCGGGGGCUCGCGACCGGAAGCAGCCCGGGGGCGGGUCUCACGCUGGACUUGCUCGCCCGGCAGGCUGGUUCUACCGCUUGGGUGUUGGGAGAUGCUCGGGCGGCCGCGGGCGGGGAGCCGGGUCGGAGGCCAGCAGCAGUCCCGAGGCAGUUCGGCUCCGGGGCGGAGCUGCUGCCCCGCCGUCAGACCAUGGUCCCGACCAAGCCUUCCGGAGAGUGGAUGUUGAGCCCGCCGGUGACCCCCGCCGGGCUGUUCGGCGUGGCCUUCCUCGCCCGCGUCACCCUGGUCUUCUACGGGGUCUUCCAGGACCGCACGCUGCUCGUGAGGUACACGGACAUCGACUACCACGUCUUCACGGACGCCGCGCGCUUCGUCACCGAGGGCCGCUUUCCGUACCUGAGGGCGACCUACCGGUACACGCCCCUGCUCGCGUGGCUCCUCACCCCCAACAUCUACCUCAGCGAGCUCUUCGGGAAGUUCCUCUUCAUCAGCUGCGACCUCCUCACGGCCUUCCUCGCGUUCCGCCUGCUGCUGCUCCGGGGGCUGGGGCGCCGCCAGGCGUGCGGCUACUGCGCCUUCUGGCUGUUCAACCCGCUCCCCAUGGCGGUGUCCAGCCGCGGCAACGCCGACUCGCUCGUGGCCUCGCUGGUGCUGGCGACCCUGUACCUCCUGGAAAAGAGGCUGGUGGCGGCCGCCGCGGUGUGCUAUGGGGUCGCGGUGCACAUGAAGAUCUACCCCGUGACCUACGCGCUCCCCAUCGCCCUGCACCUGCUCCCCGAGCGCGGCCGGGACCCAGGCCCGAACCCCCUCCGGGCUGGGGUGUGCGCUCUUCUCAAGAGGCUGUGCAGCCGGGCCGUGCUGCUCUUCGGGGCCGUUGCCGGCCUCACCUUCGUGGCCCUGAGUGUGGGCUUUUACUAUCAAUACGGCUGGGAGUUUUUGGAGCACACCUACUUCUAUCACCUGACCCGGCGGGACAUCCGGCACAACUUUUCUCCGUAUUUCUAUAUGUUGUACUUGACCGCGGAGAGCCCGUGGAGCUUCUCCCUGGGCAUCGCCGCCUUCCUGCCCCAGGUCAUCUUGCUUUUAGCGGUGUCUCUGGCCUAUUCCAGAGACCUCGUCUUUUGCUGUUUUCUGCACACGUCCAUUUUCGUGACGUUUAACAAGGUCUGCACCUCCCAGUACUUCCUCUGGUACCUCUGCCUGCUGCCCCUGGUGAUGCCGCGCCUGAGGAUGCCCUGGAAUAGGGCGGUCGUCCUCCUGAUGCUGUGGUUUGCGGGGCAGGCCCUGUGGCUGGCACCCGCCUACGUUCUUGAGUUUCAAGGGAAGAACACCUUUUUGUUUAUCUGGUUAGCUGGCUUGUACUUCCUUCUUAUCAACUGUUCCAUCCUCAUUCAGAUCAUUUCCUACUACAAGGAGGAGUCCGCGGUAGAGAGACUCAAACAUGACUAGUGUAUGCUCCAGUUCUCCCGCCACCUCCAUCUCUUACAUUCGGAUUGUUCUGAAUGGACCAGAAGAGAGCUUUGGAAGAAUUUUGAACAUCCUAAGCACUCCAGUGAAAGUUUAGUUUCAACAUAAUACCAGUUCCAACAAAUUAAGAUAAAUGUUUACCUUAUGUACAAAGGGAACUGAGUAAUUGGGGUCCACCUUUAGAAUGGAAGGGCUAAUUAAACUUUCUCAUAUGUUGAAAGGUUUGUUUGUUUUUUUAGAAAAAUACAGGAAUGUAGUCAAACACAUAGGUCUAAGCCACUAUUUGUUCCAGUUAUACUAUGCUACUGUCAGAAGCAGUCUAUCUUUUAACCCCCACUUUUUCCACCUAAAGUUCUCACGAUAGCUGUGAAAACUCACAAAAUGUUCCUAGAGUACAGAUUUUAGUACAGAUACGAAUUGUUAAGUACCGUGUUUAGGUUGGCAACGUUAAUUCUUAUUAAUGGGGGUUUAAAAUAUGAAGAAUCCAAAGAAUUUAAAUUGUAAUAAUUUCAUGUACACGUAUUUUUUUUAUAGUUUAGUUUUUCAACAUUUAGUCCCCGUGGUAUUAGAUUACAUUUUGGUUUUAUACUAAAGGGAUUAAAUUUAAAUUCAUUUUUAAAUUGGAAUUAUUACAUAUCUUAAAAUAGUCUUUUGUUUUUGAGGUCUAUAAACUAUUAGGACAUUUUAGUGUCCUCUAGUACCCUUUGUUUUUAAUUUUCUGAUUA